UCUCUCUCUACCCCCUCCAUUUUGAACAAAAAGAUUUUAAAAAAAAACUUUCCCCAAAUUUUCUCGUCCGUUCCUUUCUCAGUCCAGAUUUCGAAGACGAUCCGUUAGGGUUCCGAGGGUGCGAUCUCGAUUUCGAUCUCGAUCUCGAUCUCUCAAUCUCCGCCAUGAAUCCCGAAUAUGACUACCUGUUCAAGCUUUUGCUCAUUGGCGAUUCUGGGGUUGGCAAAUCAUGCCUUCUUUUGAGAUUUGCGGAUGAUUCUUAUUUAGAGAGCUACAUCAGUACAAUUGGUGUCGAUUUUAAAAUCCGCACUGUGGAGCAGGAUGGUAAAACUAUAAAGCUUCAAAUAUGGGAUACUGCUGGUCAGGAGCGUUUCCGGACAAUCACAAGUAGCUACUAUCGUGGUGCCCAUGGCAUAAUUGUUGUUUAUGAUGUGACUGAUCAGGAAAGCUUCAACAAUGUUAAGCAAUGGCUCAGUGAGAUUGACCGCUAUGCAAGUGAUAAUGUAAACAAGCUUUUGGUGGGAAAUAAAUGUGAUUUAACUGAUAAGAGGGUGGUUUCUUAUGAAGCUGGAAAGGCACUUGCAGAUGAGAUCGGCAUCCCUUUCCUGGAGACAAGUGCCAAAAGUGCCACCAAUGUUGAGCAAGCAUUUAUGACCAUGUCAGGAGAGAUAAAGAACCGGAUGGCGAGUCAACCUGCUGCAAACACCACUAGACCGGCUACUGUGCAAAUGCGAGGACAGCCAGUUGCCCAGAAGAGCAGCUGCUGCUCUUAAAUUAUAUUUUUUUUUAGCCAAUAUUUCCUUGUGCUGGAGAUGGAUUCAGAGCACUGUGCCCUGAAUAGGAAAGAAGAAUACAUGCUCUGGGUUUGAUCAUUUGAUUAAUUGUCUGUCGUGGUGUAUAUACUGAUAACACUUGAGAAACUCUUCAUGAUUUGCUCGUGUGAGCAGGAAGUAUGAACUCUCUGUUGGUUUUAAAAGCAAAUCAAAUCUCUGUAAACUGGGUAAGAAUUGUAUUCUCUUAGACAACAUUCAAGAGUUUGUUUCUGAAAUAUUGCAUUUGGAAAUGCCAACGCUCUAAAGGUUAUUAUAA